AGAAAAGUUAACCUGCUCAGUUCAGAACUCAAAGAUAUGGAAAAUAACAUUCAAAAGCUCAGCUCAUCCCUUGCUGAAAAGGAAUCAGAGUUAAAGAAACUUGAAAUUACUCAUAAGAAAACUAUGGAAGAACUUGGGAAAGCAAGUUCCAAGAUCGACGGUUUGAGAGAAGAACUACAGAGAAAUCAAAGUGAACUUCAAUCGAAAAAUUCUGUGGUGGAUGAAUUAAAUGCAAGGAUAGGUUCCUUAACAGUUGAUGCUGAACUUUUGAGGGAAAGAGAAAAAGAAAUUCACUAUUUAAAGGAAAAACUUGAGGUUGCCCUAAAUGAUGCAAGUGAAAAUAAAGCAAUUGUUGCGGAUUUGAUCAAGGAAAAAGUGAACCUGAAGAAAGCACUUGAGGCAGAGUUGCAGAAUGUAAAAAACCUGAAAUAAGAACUCCUAACUGCCGAGGGAACUCUUGCAAAGUCCAA